ACCCAGCGCCAGGCACUGGGGGAGGAGAAAGCGGUAGCGGAGAUCUGAAUAAUUGAUUCUUCAGCAGCACCAGACGCCCCGGAGCGGGCGGAGAGCGUGGUUUCAGAACCACGGACAGCGGCGCACCGCCGCUGCAGGCGCCCCCGCCGCCAGCCAGCCACCUAGCCCGGCCUUGUCGCCGCCGUGCGCCCCGGGAGCGGGUGGCGGCGCGGAGGGACUACGGGGUCUGCCUCGGCCCGCCUCCGGGGAGGGCGGCUGCGGGAGGGAGACGCUUUCGCCCGCCGGAGCUCCAAGCCUCUCCGGCUUUCGCGGGGGCUGCUGCGUCUCGCCGACUGAGAACAAGUCCCUAAGUUGGCGUGGGGGCGCCCCUGCCUUCCUCCUCCUCUUCCUUCGAGGCGACCGCAGCAGAAGCCCGCCCCGGGAGCCCGGCUUUGCCAGUGCUGUGAUCCAGGGUGGCCAGGCGCUCUCCGGACUCCCGUCGGGAAGUGGGGAGCUGAACGCCCGGCGCCGAGCUGGCCCCUCAGCGAAGGGCCCGGAGGGAGCUGCCUUCCCCCGCCCCCGCCUCUCUCUCGGCCAGGGACCGCGGGGAUCCCCGGCCACACGCGCGCGCGCGUUCCCACACUCACUCACACACUCACUCGCCCUCACACACACCACCCCGGCGCCUGGGCUGCGGAGAGGGCUCUCGGGGUGCGCUCAGAGGACCGGGCAGCUGCUGUCCAGAGUGGGGCGGGAAGCCGAGCUCCGGCUCUUGGAGGGAGGCGCCCAGGGCUUAACCAGAGCAUGGGGCCGGGUGAGCGCUGAGAGUCGCGGCCGCAGCCAUCAACCCUGGAGAUGACCAGGAGCGGCCACUGCUGAGAACUAUGUGGAGAGAGGCUGCGAGCCCUGCUGCAGAGCCUCCGGCUUGGAUAGCCGCCCCCCGUGGGGGCGAUGCGGACAGCGCGGGACAGCCAGGGGAGCGCGCGGGGGCCGCAGCAUGCGGGAACCCGCUAAACCCGGUGGCUGCUGAGGCGGCCGAGAUGCUCGUGCGCGCAGCGCGCCCCACUGCAUCCUCGACCUUCUCCGGCUACAGGGACCGUAAGUGGCGACUAUGGGCAGACUGGGCUAUUGGACCCUGCUGGUGCUGCCAGCCCUUCUGGUCUGGCGCGGUCCGGCGCAGGGCGCGGCGGCGGAGAAGGGUCCCCCGGCGCUGAACAUCGCGGUGCUGCUGGGGCACAGCCACGACGUGACGGAGCGCGAACUGCGAAACCUCUGGGGCCCCGAGCAGGCGGCGGGGCUGCCCCUGGACGUGAACGUGGUAGCGCUGCUGAUGAAUCGCACCGACCCCAAGAGCCUCAUCACGCAUGUGUGCGACCUCAUGUCCGGGGCGCGCAUCCACGGCCUCGUGUUUGGGGACGACACCGACCAGGAGGCCGUGGCCCAGAUGCUGGAUUUUAUCUCCUCACAGACUUUCAUCCCCAUCCUGGGCAUCCACGGGGGCGCAUCUAUGAUCAUGGCUGACAAGGAUCCGACCUCUACCUUCUUCCAGUUUGGAGCGUCCAUCCAGCAACAAGCCACAGUCAUGCUGAAGAUCAUGCAGGAUUACGACUGGCAUGUCUUCUCCCUGGUGACCACCGUCUUCCCUGGCUACAGGGAUUUCAUCAGCUUCAUCAAGACAACAGUGGACAACAGCUUUGUGGGCUGGGACAUGCAGAACGUGAUCACCCUGGACACUUCCUUCGAGGACGCAAAGACGCAAGUCCAGUUGAAGAAGAUUCACUCUUCUGUCAUCUUGCUCUACUGUUCCAAAGAUGAGGCCGUUCUCAUCCUGAGUGAGGCCCGCUCCCUUGGCCUCACCGGGUAUGAUUUCUUCUGGAUUGUCCCCAGCUUGGUCUCUGGGAACACAGAGCUCAUCCCCAAAGAGUUUCCAUCGGGACUCAUUUCAGUCUCCUAUGAUGACUGGGACUACAGCCUGGAGGCGAGAGUGAGGGACGGCCUGGGUAUCCUGACCACCGCCGCGUCUUCCAUGUUGGAGAGAUUCUCUUACAUUCCGGAGGCCAAGGCCAGCUGCUACGGGCAGACGGAGAGGCCAGAGGCCCCGCAGCACACUCUGCACCAAUUUAUGGUCAAUGUGACUUGGGAUGGCAAAGACUUGUCCUUCACGGAGGAAGGCUACCAGGUACACCCCAGGCUGGUGGUGAUCGUGCUGAACAAGGAUCGAGAAUGGGAAAAGGUGGGCAAGUGGGAGAACCAAACGCUGAGCCUGAGGCACGCCGUGUGGCCGCGGUACAAGUCCUUUUCGGACUGUGAGCCGGAUGACAACCAUCUGAGCAUCGUCACCCUGGAGGAGGCCCCCUUUGUCAUCGUGGAAGACAUAGAUCCGCUGACCGAGACGUGCGUGAGGAACACGGUGCCGUGUCGGAAGUUCGUCAAAAUCAACAAUUCAACCAAUGAGGGAAUGAAUGUUAAAAAAUGCUGCAAGGGGUUCUGCAUCGAUAUCCUCAAGAAGCUUUCCAGAACUGUGAAGUUUACUUAUGACCUUUACCUGGUGACUAAUGGGAAGCAUGGCAAAAAGGUUAACAACGUGUGGAAUGGAAUGAUCGGUGAAGUGGUCUAUCAGCGGGCAGUCAUGGCCGUAGGCUCACUCACUAUCAAUGAGGAACGUUCUGAAGUGGUGGACUUCUCCGUGCCCUUUGUGGAGACAGGAAUCAGUGUCAUGGUUUCGAGAAGCAAUGGCACCGUCUCACCUUCUGCUUUUCUAGAACCGUUCAGCGCCUCCGUCUGGGUCAUGAUGUUUGUGAUGCUGCUCAUUGUCUCCGCCAUAGCUGUUUUCGUCUUUGAAUACUUCAGUCCUGUUGGAUACAACAGAAACUUAGCCAAAGGGAAAGCACCCCAUGGGCCUUCUUUUACCAUUGGAAAAGCUAUAUGGCUCCUUUGGGGCCUGGUGUUCAACAACUCCGUGCCUGUCCAGAAUCCUAAAGGGACCACCAGCAAGAUCAUGGUGUCCGUGUGGGCCUUCUUUGCCGUCAUAUUCCUGGCCAGCUACACAGCCAAUCUGGCUGCUUUCAUGAUCCAAGAGGAAUUUGUGGACCAAGUGACGGGCCUCAGCGACAAAAAGUUUCAGCGACCUCACGACUAUUCCCCGCCGUUUCGAUUUGGCACGGUGCCCAACGGCAGUACCGAGAGGAACAUUCGGAACAACUAUCCCUACAUGCAUCAGUAUAUGACCAAAUUUAACCAGAAGGGAGUAGAAGACGCCUUGGUCAGCUUGAAAACCGGGAAACUGGACGCUUUCAUCUAUGACGCGGCCGUCUUGAAUUACAAGGCGGGGAGGGACGAAGGCUGCAAGCUGGUGACCAUCGGGAGCGGGUACAUCUUUGCCACCACUGGGUAUGGGAUUGCCCUCCAGAAGGGCUCCCCUUGGAAGAGGCAGAUUGACCUGGCCCUGCUCCAGUUUGUGGGUGAUGGUGAGAUGGAGGAGCUGGAGACACUGUGGCUCACGGGGAUCUGCCACAACGAGAAGAACGAGGUGAUGAGCAGUCAGCUGGACAUCGACAACAUGGCGGGCGUGUUCUACAUGCUGGCGGCCGCCAUGGCGCUCAGCCUCAUCACCUUCAUUUGGGAGCAUCUCUUCUACUGGAAGCUGCGCUUCUGCUUCACGGGCGUGUGCUCCGACCGGCCUGGGCUGCUCUUCUCCAUCAGCAGGGGCAUUUACAGCUGCAUUCAUGGAGUGCACAUCGAAGAAAAGAAGAAAUCUCCGGACUUCAAUCUGACUGGAUCCCAGAGCAACAUGUUGAAACUCCUGCGGUCAGCCAAAAACAUUUCCAACAUGUCCAACGUGAACUCCUCAAGAAUGGAUUCCCCCAAAAGAGCUGCUGACUUCAUCCAAAGAGGGUCCCUCAUCAUGGACAUGGUUUCCGAUAAGGGAAAUAUGAUAUAUUCAGACAACAGGUCCUUUCAGGGGAAAGACAGCAUUUUUGGGGACAAUAUGAAUGAACUCCAAACAUUUGUGGCCAACAGACACAAAGAUAACCUCAAUAACUAUGUGUUCCAGGGGCAGCACCCUCUGACUCUCAAUGAGUCCAACCCCAACACGGUGGAGGUGGCCGUGAGCACAGAAUCCAAAGGGAAUUCCAGGCCCAGGCAGCUUUGGAAGAAAUCCAUGGAAUCUCUACGCCAAGACUCGCUGACACAGAACCCCGUCUCCCAGAGGGAUGAGGGACCAGUGGAGAAUAGGACCCACACCCUAAAGAGUCCUAGGUACCUUCCAGAAGAGGUGGCCCACUCGGACAUUUCAGAAACUUCGAGUCGGGCCACAUGCCACAGGGAACCUGACAACAAUAAGAACCACAAAACCAAGGACAACUUCAAGAGAUCUGUGGCCUCCAAAUACCCCAAGGACUGCAGCGAGGUCGAGCGCUCCUACCUGAAAACCAAAGCGAGCUCCCCCAGGGACAAGAUCUACACCAUUGACAGCGAGAAGGAGCCCAGCUUCCACUUAGAUCCUCCCCAGUUCGUUGAAAACAUGACGCUUCCCGAGAAUGUGGACUUCCCAGAUCCCUACCAGGACCACAAUGAAAACUUCCGCAAGGGGGACUCCACACUCCCGUUGAACAGGAACUCCCUGCACAACGAAGACGGGCUUCCCAACAACGACCAGUAUAAGCUCUACUCCAAGCACUUCAGCUUGAAAGACAAGAGCUCCCCUCACAGCGAGGGCAGCGACCGCUACCGGCAGAACUCCACGCACUGCAGGAGCUGCCUCUCCAACCUGCCCACCUAUUCAGGCCAUUUCACCAUGAGGUCCCCCUUCAAGUGCGACGCCUGCCUACGGAUGGGGAACCUCUAUGACAUCGAUGAAGACCAGAUGCUUCAGGAGACAGGGAACCCAGCCACCCAGGAGGAAGUCUACCAGCAGGACUGGGCGCAGAACAACGCCCUCCAGUUCCAAAAGAACAAGCUAAGGAUUAGCCGUCAGCAUUCCUACGAUAACAUUCUCGACAAACCUAGGGAGAUCGACCUUAGCAGGCCUUCUCGGAGCAUAAGCCUCAAGGACAGGGAACGGCUCCUGGAGGGAAAUUUGUAUGGGAGUCUCUUCAGUGUCCCCUCAAACAAACUCUCGGGGAACAAAAGCUCCCUCUUCCCCCAGGGUCUGGAGGACAGCAAACGGAGCCAGUCUCUCUUGCCGGACCAUGCCUCCAAUAACCCUUUCCUCCACUCCUAUGGGGAUGACCAACGCUUAGUCAUUGGGAGGUGCCCCUCAGACCCUUACAAACACUCGUUGCCAUCCCAGGCAGUGAAUGACAGCUAUCUUCGAUCGUCCUUGAGGUCAACGGCAUCAUACUGUUCCAGGGACAGUAGAGGCCACAGCGAUGUGUAUAUUUCCGAGCAUGUUAUGCCUUAUGCUGCAAAUAAGAAUAAUAUGUACUCUGCCCCCAGGGUUUUGAAUUCCUGCAGCAAUAGACGCGUGUACAAGAAAAUGCCUAGUAUCGAAUCUGAUGUUUAAAACCUUCCAUUAAUGUUUUAUCUAUAGGGAAACAUACGUAAAGGCCAACCUUCUGGAGGGUAAAUGUCGGAUGUCCAAUAGUGCCCUGCAAAGAGGAAGAGGAUUUAGGAAGGUAUUUUUUUUGUUGGUUCUUUUGCACAUGGCUCCAUGCCAUAGUCUUCCACUCAAGGAAUCUGGUGAGGUGUGUGCUGAGCACAGCGGAUACCAGAUAGGUGAGUCCUUAACCAAAAAAAAAAAUAAAUAAAAGGGCAAGUCUCCUGGACAUGCCUGCUAGGUAUGUUGGCAAUAAUGAUGCAUUGGAUGCCAAUGGUGAUGUUAUGAUUUCCUAUAUUCCAAAUUCCAUUAAGACCAGCCCGCCAUGUAAUUUCCUCAUCGGAAACACCUAACGGUUUCUCUAAUACAGAAUAAGCAAUAUGGUAUGCAUGUAACUCUGACACAGACAAAAUAAAACCGUUGAGAAUGCAUCUGCACCGUAGCGAGAUUGACAUGUGCAAGAGAUUAGGAAGUUUGGCUUUGUAACCGUUUCAGCUUUAUUGUUCUGCCUUCUGUCACAGCCCAGGCCCAACCCCAGAACUCCAGGCUCCCCCAAAGAAUAGUAAGUGAGUGUGUUCGUGGUAACUCUGCUAUCCUCAUUCUAGUCCCUUUCCAAGACAUAGCUGAAGUCAAAGGCCGGAAGGGCCCUCAGGCAGAGAGCUACAAGCAUCUCUUUGGAUGUCGAUUUGUGUGUUUCACAGACACUCUCUCACCCUCGGCUUUGAUGGUCUUGUUCAGAGCUGCAUAAACUAACACAUUUAUGUCUUCAAUAUCUAAGUGUGGAUCUUCUGUCUAUGACACAGCGGCCGUUGUAGUCUAUGCCGAAGACUCUUGUGUACGUAAGUUUGCAUUCCUCCCUCUGGUGAUGACUCAGGGUUGUAUAGUAUCUGUUACCCCUCCCCUCCCAGGUAACCAUAACUCAUUCAGUCCCUGAACAGCCAUGGCGGUGUCUCCUUAACUGUGUGUUGCUGUGCCCAGAGUUGUUAAUGUGGUGGCAUGCACCAGCAGCCAUAUGUGUACUGUGAUAUGUGGGAAGUACAACGCCAGCUGUCUGCUGAAGGCUAGCACGGUUUUAGGUGUGUCUUCCUUAACGUCAUGAAGUUCGGUUGGAUUCUCGUUUCCACCCAAAACUCCUCAAAUCAAAAGCCUUCAAAACAUGAGAGACACUCAUGCAUCUACCCUGAGCAUCCUCCAAAUUGUGGAUAAACUCUAGUGGGACAAGUGAUUUCUCUCUUCUGAAAUAUUCCCUCUAUUGGAGGCAAACUGCUUCACCAGCACCAACAGAGAUAAAUGAAAAUUCCUCAAAGCAUUUGUCAUUUCCGAGUCGCCUCCAUUAUUCCAUUCUUAUGCUACUCAAAUCUGUGCCUGUGUGAUAUGAAAUGAUACUCAUUUUCAAAAACUGGGAGAGGAAGGGAGAGUCUCCAUGCGUGGAAAGCUCUUAACACAGUGCCCAGUACGUGCAAAGUGCCAAGAAAAUAAGUAAGUAAAAGUGCUUGGUAUAACACUUUAUCAGACCUAAUUUUUCUAGUUUAAAAAUAAAUAUUAUAAAACCCGCAAACGUAUUAAAUAAAGAUUUUAUACAGUCCUAAUCUAGUAAUUAGUGUCUUUUAAAAAAACACUGAUGCCCCUGCAAUAUUUAGGAUAACUAGCCAUCGGUUUUUGCAGAGUACGUGGGUCUCUUUGGUUACUUGCUGCAGAAACCCUGAGCUAAUGUCAACCAACCUGCUGGUUUCCCGGUUUCCUCUGGCAUUUUGCUUUGGGUUCUUGGAGAAAGGGACAGAGUGGCAGGUUGAAGUGUUACCCUGUCUCUCUUACUCAUGGCGUGUUCUGUUUUGUAGGUAGUGUUUUCCUGUGAGUGGGCAGAUGCAGGAAUAAUUCUCUUAGAGCUUAAGGGUUCAUUGACUGGCUCCAUCUUUGGGAAAGUGCACUUAACCUCAAGAGCCCUAUAAUGAUAACAAGUGGUUGCAAUAAAUUUCAGGGUCAGUGGUAGGGAGGCAGAGGGAAGCAACGGGUGAGAAAGUGUUCCCAUUAUUUUUGAGGUUGGAAGGCAGAAGAGGCUGACUAAGCGCUGAUGACAAAUGCACCUGAACAUUGCAUUUUAUUUCGUGGAUGUUGCAAUCUUGCUGCCCUAAAACCCAACAUUGGAGACGCCUAGAUUGAAGGACCUGGAAUAGUCGCUCUAAUUUCUAAUCGUAGGCACCCCUCUGACUGUAUUGUCUUUUAGGACUUUCUGCCUUUGCUCUUCCAUUGCAUUCCAGACCUAUAUUCCCCCAGCCAGGAUCACCUCCAUUUCCUCGCAAGACUAGCGUGUCUUAACACGAAAUGAAUUAAAAAGUCUCCCCAGAAUACAGAGCAGUGGUAUGUCAGCAAUCCAAAGAGGCUGACUGUCUUUCUCCGGUGCCCUCACAACCCAGGGGGCUGCCAAAUGUGGCAGAGACCUCCAGGGAGUGUGCAAAUUACACUCAGAAUGAUUCCAUAGACCAGAAAGUCUUCUAAUAACACCAUUAUUUCUGCUAUUAACCCCAUACUUCUCCGAAUAAGGAAACUAAAAAUGUGGCUUCUGGAAGAAGCAACAAUAAUCUAGUGAAAAAAUAUAGACUUCUUUUAAUACCUAAAGUGUUUUAAAAAAUAAAUAAUCAGGAUUGGAUGAUAUAUAAUCUCUCUCUUCCACAAAUUCACUAAUUCUUAAUUGUGAUGAUCCCAAACCUAAGGAAAUUGACCACUGAUCAGAUGAUCAAUUUCCACGUGAAAGGUAGUAAUGGAGAGCAAUUCAGAGGUAACCCGAGUCAGUUCAGUUCUUUGGUAAAAGAAUAGGAGGAUUAUAACAUCCAACAGUACGUGAUGCCUAUAGUAGAGGAGGUGACGAGAAUUAAAUAGGAGGCCCUGAACUAUGGCCCCAUUACAAAGGGUCCUCUGACAUAUCCCAGCUUUGAGAUCGUAUCUUUGUUGAUGCCAAGGAGCCAGAAUCUCUGAACCCAAAUUUGUGCCCGAGUUGCAUCUGACUCAAGUCGGAGCUGGCAUCUGUAAUGAUGUUUUAUUAACUGGAAAUGGUUUCCUCCACUUGAGAAGGACCCAUGUGGUCCUCAGAUAAAUACUCCUGAAUUCAAAUUCUCGUAUUUCUGUCCAUGGGUAAUAGUACAAGCACACAACCAACUUAAAAUAUUCUGUGUAAGAGGAAAGCUUCCUAGGGCGUGAAUUCUACUCUGGGAAACCUUUAGGUUUCUGGAGAAUUGUUUCCAUUAUCCUUACACCUGCAGGUUCUUAGCCCACUUCUGGUUUCUGUGGCUCUGAGAAGGCAAAUCCCUAAUGGGGCUAUUUUUCUGCCAGUGAGGUUUCCAUGAGGGGGGCAGCGUUAUAAUAUCCUUAUUUGUUACUCUUUCAUCCUUUGAAAAUCUCAUUGCAUUAUUUCAGCCAGCACCGUGACUGGGUGUCUCAUGGAUUAUUCUUGGUUUUCUCUUCUCUGUUUCCUAGGGCGCCGGAGAAGUUUUCACACUUAGCUUUUCUGCUCAAAGUAUUAACAUUCACCCAUUGCGGCAAAAUCAGUCAAAUCAAUUCAUGCUUAUUUUCAGGGGAGAAAAAGAAAAUUACACCUUGUUUACAAAUGAAAUAGUUUCACUUAAAUGGGACUCUAGCCAAGGCAGUUAAUUAGUCAAAAGAUCCACAGCAGCCAUAUACUCACAAUUGUUUAUUCUAUUUGAUACGUCUACCACUGAUGUGUAUUUAAUAUUCUGCAUCCUUCUCAGGAAAUGACAAAUGCCCUGAAUUCUUUGCAAAUAGAAUUGCUAAUGAAAAAGAAAAAAAAAAAGAAGUUGGUGUUAAUUAAAUGAUGAUUAAAAAUUUAUCUUCUUUAAACCUAAAAAGUGCAGCUUUAAUAAUCACUUGUCACAUAAGUAAAUACCUUGCACUGAAAUCCCCUCGUGGUUUUAGACCUAAAUAAAUACUAAUUUGAGAAACCUAAAUAUCUUUCAGAAGAGCUGAAUAUAUUCGUUAACUUUAUGCACUUUCCUGUACUGUUUCUUCGUGCAUAGCUGUUGUGCAUGAAUCCUUGACAAGGAGACAUGAGUUGUUUCUGAAAUAGAGCCUGUUUGUAUUAACCAUGGCUAUAGGAGACAUAAUUGGACUUCAAGAAAAAAGACAAAACAAAACUGAGUAGCUGGAAGGUAAAUUCAUCGGUUGAUAUCUAAUGUGAGUCAAGGGUUCAAUAUGAAGGCGUAUACCUAACCCUCUAUAUAAACGUUCUAUACAAAGCUUCUAUAUAAAGGAUUCCAAAAGUGGUGUUUAUUUUCACUUGAGACAAAAUUAGACCUUUCCUGAUACCCCAUCUUCUUUUGGUAAACAGGGUUGACAGUGCUGAAUGAGAGGUGACGUGGGGUCACCCAAUAUCAAAUGGCCCUUUUCCAUUCAAUCUCUUUACAUUGUACUGUGUUCAUAUCUAAUUGUAUCAGGUGAGGUCAGCGUGCCACUUGAUAUAGAUCAGAGAUGAUCAAAUGCACUUAUCCUGUGAAUAUAAAUGCUCGUGUACACAUGUAUAUAAUAUACAUGCCUGAUUUCUACAAUUCACACGUUAAGUGUAUUAUCCAAAUAAAGUUGUAUAUAAUGUAAAGUUUAUGUUAAAACUUAAAUGGUGAUGAUGAUACUGACACAUGGAAAACCCAUUCUGGUUACUGGUGGGAUGAGAUUUAUGUAGAGAGCGAACUGUUAUUAUUUUUUUUUUAAUCUCAAUUCUAGGGAGGAUGACAGAGCCCAAGUGGGACUUGGGUGUUGGUGUUCUUGGCCCCUUCUUAAAGAAAUAUCUGGGUUAAGGGUGUGUAAUAUAUUCUGCUCACAUUUGCUUCUGAAAGUAAUGCUGGUAUGGACAUGUGUGUGAUUUCUGUAAACCCAUCAAAGGGCAUAUUUCCUGUUAAAUUCCUUUUCCUCUUUUCCCACCCACGCUCGUUUUGUGCCCGGAAGUACUCUCAGUCUGGUAUCAGCUAAAGAUGCUUGCCCAGAGGGGUCUCAGAAAAAUAUAACUUAUAGAGCUACACCAAGAUUUGAGGCAAGGGGAAGGGAGAUGAGAAAAUGAAGUUCCCAAGGGUCAGUAUAAGAUGGUCAGGUUGACGGUAUCAGAGGCAGGUCUAGAACCCAAGACUUCGUGGUCCGAUUCCUGGCUUGACCCUUUACCAGGCGGAGCCAUUUCUAGGUGUUUCUCAGGAGCAUCCUCCUAAAUACCUCUGGGAUGAGAGCCAGAGAGCCUCAUAGAACUGGCCCAGCUUUCCCUCCACUCUUACGCUCUACACACCCAUGCAUCCCUCUUUGAAUUUGGUUUUCCUUCAAACCCCCCAGCAUUCCCUGCCUCAGAGUCCUGGAGAAGAGAAAACUUUUUUUAGGGACCUAUUCCCUGGGAAGAGUCCACAGGGAUGUAGUUUAAAACCUCAAACCAAAGACGAAAGCUGGCAGUGAUCACUGAGAUACUAGAGUUCUGUUUCGCAUGAGCCAAGGAUGAACAAAGGGCACUGAUCAGCUGGAAGGACUUGACUGAGUAUCUGCUCUGUUUUUAAGGCCAAUUUGGGAUUGGGGCGAUGCAAAGGGAAGAGAAAAUAUGGACUCUUCCAAGAAGUAGCUUGCAGUCUAGAAAUUCAGUCCCCUAAUACUAAAGAUGACAUAGGACCCAUGGAAGGCAAACAGUCUAAAUGUAAAAAAAAACAGAAACGAUACAUAAAGUUCUUGUCAGGAAAUAAAAAUUUAUCCAACCCCAUGAUGAAACAAACAAGAAAACCCUCCCUUAGCCUUGUAAGUAACUUUGGAGAAUAUAGCUGGUGCUCCUAGAGAUGCCCUGGCUUAUUUUAAUCUUCAAAGGAAACCUGGAGGCAUCUAGACAGGUAGACAAACUUGCCCUUCUACAUUUUUGCACAGGCAGUCUUGGAUAUGGUUCCACUCAGUUCUCCAACCUUUGCCGAAUCCUGCCUCCCUCCUGCUCUGCUUUAUGCCAUGUGCUUCAAGAAAAGGUUGAAAAAAAUCCUCAAAGGUUUAGAAAAUAGACUGUGAUGGAAAAAGACGAUUUCCUGAGAGCUUUUUCGUUUGGUUUUGGUUUUGACUUGUGAAGAAUACUUUCGAUAGUUCAGGGUAUAAGUGUAUCAGGGAAGGGAGGAGCCAGAACCCCUCACUGAGUCCCAAGUGCCUACUGUUGUGGCUGGCCACAGGUUCCCUACGAGAAAGUGGGGCAAGGAGAUGGCAAAAGGAAUCGAGGUGUAUUUCAGGAAGAUGGAGGGUGGGCAGGGACCUUACUUUUUUCCCCCGUCCAUCCUAUUCUGUGUGUUACUGGAAUGUUGUAUUCUCUGCUUAUCCCAAGUACAUGCCUUGGGUCAGCACUCGAAUUAGGAAAAAUCAAAAUAUAUCUAUAUGGAGUAUAGACUAUAUUCUAGGCAUAUCCUAGAAUGCGAUCCUCAAAAUAACCUUAGGAUGUAAGGAUGAGUGCUUCCAUUUUAGAGAGAAGGAACUGAGGCUCAGGUUGGUCUCAGCCCCCAUCAGGACCAAAAAUCCCUAAUGUUAGGAAUAUUCUUGAAGUGCCUGAUCUCCUCCGGGGAGGUCAGAAUGGAAGCCAGAAAGAAAGAUGUGCUGUUCGAGGUCCCCGGGGCUCUCUCUUGAGUUUCAGCCUCCAUGGUGAGGAAGCUUGUUCAUGUCCUACGCUUGUCACCUGGUUUGGGGUGUAUUGAGGACCCCUGGGGAUCUCACCUCCAUUCAUGGCCCCUUCUGAGACUUGAAUGCUGUUUGUGUCUCUCCCCUCAAUGCUUGCACUAGCACUUAUUUUUUUUGGUUCCUGGGGAGUUAUUUUCUCGACUUAGCAUGUGCCUAAUCUUAAAUAUCCCCUUCCUAGUCUCUCUUCUUUUCUCAGUAGACAUCAGGGCUAAUUCCAUUAAACAUAUGCAAAUAGUAUGCACUCACGUGUGUGUGGGCGCGCACAGACACACACACACACAUACACUACCUUGCAGCCCCUCCCUUAAAGCUGUCCUAAACGUUGUGGGCUAUUUUCAGAAAUAUGUUAUUUGCAAGUGACUGUCUCUUCUAUUUUGUCUAUGUGUUUGGUUGUCUUUGCCAAGCAGACAGAAGAAGGUUCCAGGUGUGACAGGGACUAGGAAAUAGAGUUUUACAUAAAUGAGCAGGAGCUUGGCUAAUCAGAACGACUGAGGGCCAGCUAUUAAGACUCUUUCCUUCUUGGUCUGUUCUGUUUUUUUGAAAUCAUCUUAGAGAUCCUCUCCCGGUCACUCACAUCAAGAUAACGACUGAAUCACUGAAUGCUCAUUCAGUUUGUCUCAUUAGACAGUGUUGAACUGGAAUAUUUGCAUCAGGCUUUCUAGGAGUCCAAAAUGACACAGUGCUUACUGCAUCGUGUAGGCAACGACACUGAGCCCACCCUUCCUUUCUUGUACCCGUCUCCCACCUUCUAAGCCACACCUCUCUCUCCUGGCAUUUAUGUUUACUGUGAGGUGGGGUACUUUAGGUCCAUUUUGUAGGUGAGGAAGCUGAGCUGGGAUUUGAAGGAGGGUUUUUCUGGGAGGUUCUGUGAAUCGAUCCUUCUGGAAGGUCAGUUAACCUAAUUAAGCACCCUUCUCUUGGUCCCUGAGAAACUCUCUAGCCAUUUGCAUCUUUCAAGUGGCAGUAAAAAGUCUCUUGAGACAGAAAGGUUGUUACUAUCUAAUAGCUAUUUUGAGAUCCUGUUGUUGGGUCUACAAACGCAUGACAACCUUCUCCCGGGGAAGUUGGUCUGUGCAGAAACUGGAACACUCAAAAGAACCAUUUGGCCAGUGGUAUUUCUUCAGUAGGGCCAUAAUUCAAAGCUCACAACUCUCCAGGGAGCAAGAACCAAAUUGUUUAAAAUGGAGUCAUUUCUCAGCUUAACUUCCUCAGAUAAGGUGUCAGCAGUAUGCAGAAACAAACAAGACAAAACUGAGAUUAUCACUUAUAAAUCCCUCUUAGGUACCACAUCCGUGAAACGAUGAGUUUGCAUUUUGCUGAUUCUAGAACCUUCCUCAUUAGCAGGAGACCUGGGUCAUAACCUCUUCCAGUUAAUUCUCUCUCACACGUUUGGGAAAGAUUUAAGAUGAGGCUUCAAAAGAUUAUUAACAUAACACAUAGCCAAUACCACAGCUGCCUUUUCAAUUAAUAAGGUUAAUUGUUCUUCAGCAAACAUGAGUUUGUCUUUGGCAUUUUAAAUGCUUCUCAUUGAUCUGACAUUUUGCCGUUUCAAGCUUUUAAAGGGCUCAAAUCAAAAACUAUUGAUAGCUGAGCAAAUAGUGAAGGUCCAGAAAUAUAAAAACAUUGUUGGUUUUUCCAUGAAAAACAAUCGUAGCCUUUUGAAUUCAAUUGAGGUUUUUACCUUAGCCAUCUAAGACUUAUUGAAUUAUUUCUAUUCUCAGUUAAGCCAAUUCAAAUAAAUGAACAGUAUUGACUUUUUAAACCUAUUUUAUUUAUUUAUUUUUAAAUCUUAAGUUCAUUAAGUUUGUAGACACAGCUCUGGGGCCAUGACCACUAAGGAAACGUUCCAGUUUAGAAAUUGAAGAUUCAGAUGACUAUUUUGGGUCAAAUUCAGGUGAUCAUCUUUGAAAAUUCUGAUGGAUUUGGGAAGAUGAAAGUGACACUUGUAACAUUCAUGUUCCCCCAAUUUUUCACUGGGAAAGGAUGUCAAUUGCCUAUUUUUUUCAAAUCAGAGAUAAGAUCAAGAAUAACAUGUUCAUAGAAAAUUCAGUAAACUACUCAAUACCACUAAUUAUGUGACUAGAUGUGGCUCAGAUGCCUUUUAAGCCCGAGGGCCCCCAAAGAUUUCUUUGUUGGUUGUUUCUAACUAUGAAUCUUAAUCUUGUUCAUUCCCCUGCUAAAACCGAUUUAAAAGCUUAUCCUUGCCAAAUUAUUUAGUCAGUAGAGUUCACUGUCAUUUAUCACAAUAGAAUGUUUAUAUGUAUGUGUUCAUGUGUAGUAUAUAUAUUUCAAGCUGAACAUUCAGAAAGAAUUAGGUGAGUUACUUGGUAGCUUGAAUACGAAGGAGAUCAUAAAAAUUAUAGAUAAUGACCUUCUCAGACAGAAAAAGAGGGUAAACUAUUCAUCUUUCACUCACUGGUUGUGUAACACACAAGCUGGUCAUUACCCAUAAGAAAGGAAUUGAAUGGAGCAGCUUUAAAGGUCCAUGUCUGAGUCCGUUUGUAGAUGAGUCCAUUUGUGGGAUGAGGUUUGAAUGCCGUAUGCAGAGGGUUCCCAUUCACAGCUACAUUCCAACACAGUCCAAAACCCACGUCAGAACCGGCUUGAUCUCUUGUACGGUGGAGCCCAAGGCAAGCCGUGCACUCUACUCAGUGGUUUCCAUUUGGGAUGUUCACUCACCAAUCGCAACAGUUUAUACCUGUCAUGUUUUAAUCCACUGCAUGAGGAAGUGUUAAUAACUGUAUUAAAUAUUUCCAAGCAUAGCUACAAAAUUACACGUUUGCUUAACACCUUUCUAUGAUAGAGAAAGUAUAUACUAUGGUUGUCUUCUUGUUGUAUGUCUUUUAUUUUCUUUCAACGUGUUAUCAACUGUUUUAAGGAAUGGGGUUUGAAAUGUGUGUGUGCAAACUGAUAUGUACAUAACUCCCAAGGCAACAAAAGUGCCCAGUCAUAUGGUGUACAAAUGUAAAUACAGGAAAAUUUCAUUUUUCUAAUAAAGAUAAUUUCUGCCAAUUGAUAUGAAAAUGA